CUGAUGCUGCUGGAUGUUUUUCCGAUGAGAUAAUACCAGUUGAAGUCAAAACAAAAAAAGGCCCUGCAUUAUUUUCUAGAGAUGAGCAUCCACGUCCACAAACAACUAUCCAAAUAUUAUCUAAACUAUCUUUCGUAUUUGUUAAAGAUACUGGUGUAGUAAUAGCGUGUAAUGCAUCAGGUAUUAGUGAUGCUGCAGGGGCAAUUAUUGUAGCUAGUGAAGAUGCUGUAAAAGAAUAUAGAAAAGUUCCUUUAGCACGUAUUGUUAGUUACUCUGUAACCGGUGUAGAAUCUACUAUUAUGG